AACAAACCAAACACUAGUUUAUGUUGGCAAAACUGUCAGUAAAUUGUUUGUCUUUUCUUUAUGUUAUGAUAGUUGUCAUUUAAAAACUAAAUGGAAAUUGUUAAUUUAGUACAAAUUUAAACAAAGCUGAUGAAAAAGUCAAGUGCUUGUGACUUGUGACCAAUAUGGGCAAUACUUGUAAUAUGGUUUACCCAAAGGUCAGAAUAUGAAGAGGAAGCUAAAUAAUAUUAGGAUCAUGCAAGGAUCCAGAAAGCUACCUAUUACUGAUCUAAAUCCCUACAUUACUUGCAAAUUAUGUGAUGGUUAUUUUGUUGAUGCUAGUACUAUUAUAGAAUGUUUGCAUACAUUUUGUCGCAGCUGCAUUAUAAAGUAUUUACAAAAAAAUAAAUAUUGUCCAGUAUGUGAUGUACAAGUUCAUAAAUCGAAGCCUCUACUCAAUAUUCGACCAGACAAAACUCUACAAGACAUUGUUUAUAAACUUGUACCAAGAUUAUUUCAAAAUGAAAUGCAAAGGAGGAGAAAAUUUUACGAAAAUCAUCCUGAUGCAAAACCAUCUAAUUUGGAACAAUGUGGUGAAGUGGCUUAUCAAUAUAUUUUGGCACCUGAAGAAAGUAUUUGCCUUACUCUAAAUUAUUAUGGCGCCAAUAAUAAACCAAGGUAUUUGAGGUGUCCUGCUGCUGUUAGUAUGGGUCAUUUGAAGAAACUUAUUCGUGCAAAAUAUGACCUAUCUGAUCAACAUAGAAUCGAUAUUCUUUACAAUCAGGAUUGCCUUAAUUCUUCUUUAACUUUAAUUGAUAUAGCUUAUAUUUAUCUAUGGAAAAGGAAAGGGCCAAUUGAGCUAUCAUACAAAAUUUACGAAAAUACCACGAAAAAACUGAAACUCGAGUCCCUAGACGGACUAGAAGUUAACGGGAUUAACAACAACAUUGGUAACGACAAUGAUAAUAAUAACUGGAAAGAAGUACAGUUGAGGAUAAGCGAAAAUGGUGAAAUGUCAAUAACAGGUAUCCAGGAAUCCAUGGUUUCAGGCUUGUUGGAAGUUGUAAAUAGUGAACCAAAGUACAAAAAUGAAGUAACAACAGCCAAUACAUCAACUACAACUACAUCAGAUCCUCUCUCAACCGCUAGUUUAAACAGUACGCAAAGAUCUGUAAACUCGAUACAAUCUAGUGCAUGCACGUUUACUAUGCCAAUGAUUAGCGAUCAUUUAACCUCUUCCUCGAACAGUUGUGCUACAUUGUCUUCUGGGUGUACAACAACUGUCUUCAGCACUAUCAAUGCUACGAAAUGUAGCACAAAGACGGAUGAAAGUUCGAUUAAUGUGGAGAAAAUUGAAAUUAAAAACGACGAUAAAGGGUUCAAAAGAAAAGCGGAAUGUAACAAUACUAUUGCGGGACCUCCUGUAAAGCAAUCGAAGUCUGGAGUUCUAAUUCAUAGUAAUAUAAGUUUACUUAAUUUAUCCAAUAAUCACCCUUUAAAAAAGUAUUCGAAAAUCAAUCGAAACGGAGAAAACGUAAAGGAAAUAUCUACUACAAAAGCCUCGUUAGAUUCCGUUACAAAAUCCGUCGAAACUAAUUCGAAUUCAAUCAACGCUGAUGAAUUGAAGCAGAAUGUAUCUGAAAAAGCUGAAACUAAAAAGAAUUGUGAAACAAUAACAGUAACCUCAUCUUCAACACCGGCAUCUCAUAGUUUACAACUAAAGACUAUGGUUAGUGAAGCAGGAUUACAAUCCACUUGUUAUCAACCAAAAACCGCAUGUUCGAUCGUGGUCUCCAACUCGAUAUCUACACCUAACAUUUAUUCAAAAAUUACCAACGCUAAAUCUACACCAAUUUUCAAUACAAAAUCGGCUUCAGACGUCUCCGUAUCAUCACAAUCUGCUCAUAAUUUCAAAACUCCUGGUAGUUCCAACACGCAAUCUAAUGCAAUAAUAAAAUCAGUAACAAUUCUAUCCAAACCACAAAGCAUUACAACUUCGAGUCAAUCUACAAUCAAUACGAGCUGUAAACUAACAAGCAGCAGUACUACACAUCUGACUCAUUCUAAUCCUAGCGGAAGUAAAGUGACGAUUACCACGUCGUUUUCUAACACACCGCCAGUUUCUCUACAAUAUACGCAUGAGAGUAAUAUUAAAGCGACAGAUAACGUAGCACCGUCUCAGAAUGCAGCAAAUAAAACUUCAAAUAGCACCACAAAAACGAAAUUGAAUACGCCUAUCGGUUACAAAACACUGCGCGAUCCACCCAAGAGUUGGAACUCUCAAAUCUCCAAAGCUAACUUGAGCAAAUCUAGUCCAGAUCCCAAGUAUCCCAACCUCAAGAACGUUAGGCCUGCUAAAUUCUUCAAAAUUAGAAAUAACAUACCGAGAUACUUAGGCAACCCGGCUUCAGGAGUUAAGCCGAUGUAUCAGGUACACGUUGGACCAGACGGCGAUAAACAGUCUGAAGCCGCAAAGGCCAAAAAAUCUGAAAUCAAGAAGCACUCUAUCGUGAAAAUCGAUCCGAAAACUCUUAAACCCGUUUCGGAAAAAGCGCCGGAAACGACGAGCCUUAGUAAUAAUAAUACAGUACUUCAAACGAGCAACUUAACGAGUCCGAUGGCGCAGCUUUACUCCACUCCCGGCCAGUGCUUGAACACGACGGUUACAACAUCCGGCGGUGAACUGAACGUGCAGACUGAUUUGAAGAUCAAUACAAGUUCGGUGUCGAUCACUAAUCCGCUCAAAUUGCAAUGUUCUUCGCCGAAGAACGAGAGGAAAUCGCCCAAGAGUCCUCAUUCGCCGAAACCGAAGACAUCGACCUCUCCUACUGGCAAUAAAAAGGAUAAUAAGAUUGCUCGAAAUUUCACGCCUCCCAAUCCCUUCGUUCCGAAUAUUCCUACGAAAACAUCGCUGAAUCCCAAUCAAUUUAUCUAUCCGACGUUGCCUCACAGUUUUCCCCCUUACGAUCCCAGAGUUAUGGCCUAUUACAGCCAAUGGUACAGCCAGCGGAUGCCUUUCCCGGCCUCCGUGCUAUCGGGACUCAGCUUGGACCUCAAUCAGCGAAAGAACUUGGAGAAUUUGAUAUCGUCUAGCGGUCCAAACAUGGACGCUUUAGCUGCACAGUUGGUUUUUCAGAUGGCUUCAAGAUCGCUUCCUUCGUUACCUACGAGUAUAUCUCCGAUGAGAAGAUGCCACAAUACACCUCCUGUUUCCGCAAAACAAUCUUCACCGCCUAAAAAAUCUUCGAAAGAACCGAAAUCCGAUAAGAGUCUGGAAACUGUUGUGGAAAAAAUGACCCAAAAUCGCAACAAAACUUCCACUCAAACUCAAAAGGACGUCGAUAGCCCUAAAUUAGCUAAAACUGAGCCUCCUAAACAACCAGUUGUAAAGGAAUCUGAUGAAAAUGCAAAGUUAGAACCAAAAGAAGCGGAACAAAACGAAACUAAAGAAACUGUUGUUAAUAACACUGUACCUUCCAAUAACGAACCAAAAACAGAAAAGACAGAAGAUCAAUCAGAGCAAAAGAAGGAAACGCCAGAAGAAGUGAACACUAAAUCGGAUGCGGUUACGGAAUUACCUGAAAAAGAAAAUUCGAAUACGGAGAAUACAAUGCAAAAGAAGAAAGAGGGAAGCGAAAACGGCGAUAUUUUGAAGAGUAAGGAAAUCAAGGAAAAUGAAGCAGUUAUCGCUGAAGAGACAAAUCAAAUAGAAACUAACGGUAAAGAAUAAGGAAUUACAUUUUAAAAACCUAUUUAUUUAUUUGUUUCAAAUAAUAUCUUAAUUUGUCCGGACGCUUGAAUUAGUGUAAAGGACACUUUUUUGGAAAAAAAGUGCCUGGUUUCCUAAGUACUAUUAACAAAACAAAUAGGUUCUUUGUAUGAUAUACAUAAUGUAAAAUAGCAGCUCUGAGGUGCCUUCGAGAUGAAUUUUUUAUUUUGUAGUAUUUAAGCUUAUGUAUAAAUUUAGUCUUCGAUCAUAAAAAUACUCUCGCUUUUAAACAAAAAUAGUCACACUAGGUCUCUUUCGUUAUUUUGUUUUUAUUCAUAACGACACGAAAAGUUCACAAAACUAUACACAAAUAUUUGCAUCCCUACAAUACAUAAUUUUUUUUUUAUUAAAUUUUACUCGUAAUUUUAGAAAAUUAUUUUUAGUUUUUAUCUUUUUCGUUGAACUUUUUGUAGCGUUUUUUAUUUGAAAUAACCGAAAUAGAACGUGAGUUCACCAAAUUGUAUAAACUACAAUUACAGGGUGUUCCACGACGAGUUAAAACUAUCUGUAUAUAGGAAACUAUUUAUCCGAUUUUAAUAAAAUUUGGUAUGCUUAUGUAGCCCAAUAAGACAAACCUCUUAAAAAUGUACCGGACGUACAUUAUUCCGGAAGUAUGGCGCGACUUUGUUAUUUUGUUAUACUUUGUUAUACUUUAUUCCAAAAACGCACACUUUUCGAGUUAUUUUUUUUAUAAAAAUAUGGAAAUUGUUUCUGAGGGGUGGCUACUAGAAAGAUCAAAUCUAUUUGAACUUGUUUUGAAACACUUUACUUUAUACAGGGUAUGCACAAAAAAUGUGAAUAAAAGUUUCAAUAUCUUCAAAAUUAUUAGAUUUAGGUACAGGGAAGUAAACAUGAACUUCCCUUAUUUUUACUGUUGAUUUCAUUAAAAUAGAAAAUAAUGGGUGGUUCCAUUAAAUUAAAAUGAAGUAAUUUGAUAUUUUUGAAGUUCAACUUUUCACAUUUUUUGUGUAUACCCUGUAUACCAUCAAGAGUUUUUUCAAUAAAAGAUCAAAUACCAUUGUCCUUGCUACCCCUCAGAAACCAUUUUCAUACCUUUAAGGGGAUCCUCAUAAAAAUAAUUUACAAGGGUCUACAUCGAUAUACAUUCUUACAAAAAAAUGAAAAACUCAAAUAGUAUGCAUUUUUGAAAUUUAGUAUUAGACAAAAGUACCCUAAAUUUUUACGUAGAUUUCAAAUAUCUAUUAAUAUACAGGGUGCUCCAUUAAAAAUAACGUACUUCAUGCCUACUUUCGCAUUGCAUAACAUACGAAUACCAAAUUAUAUUUAAAUGGGAUAAGUAUAGUUUUCUAUAUACAGACAUUUUACUCGUCGUGGGACAUUCUGUAUAUUUUUCGGUUUCGGGAUGUAUUUUAUAAAGCUGGUGAUUUCUUUUAACUUUCUACAAUUCGUUUAUGUCUAUUAUGGUGAACUCGAAACACGUUUUAUUAAACGUAACGAAAGUCUUUCUUUUUCAUUUAUUAAAUGUUAAAAUUGCAAACGAGUUGUCCGUUUUUUAAAAAUCGUUUAGAUGUACCUAUAAAAAUAUUUUUAUAAAUGAAUCAACGAUCUUAAUAUGCAAUAAUUUUAGUAAAAAAAUAAUGACGUCUUUUGUUGAGAUAUAAAAUUGUCUUCUCUAUUUUCAGUACGUCUAUUCGUACGGAAAGUUUUCUGUGAUUGUAUAAGUAACACAUAAAAAAUGGACAAUUGCUCAUGAACCUUACAUUUAAAUUUGUUUUUUAGGAUCCACAUUAAUCUAGAAUAAGAUGUUUUUAAUAUUUGAUUGUAAAAUGAAGAUUUUAUUAUUGUACAUUGUAUAUAUGGAGAGCACAGAUUUUAAUAUUAUUUAUAGUUUA